AUGUCUACAACAACAACAACAAAACAUCUCAAACUAGAAUGGCAUAGCAGUAAGGAUUUGUUAGCCGUUUCAUCUAUUAAUUCAAAUAGUGGAGGAUUUAUUAGUUUCUUCACUAAAAAGGGUGGAAAGCCUUUCUUCUCUUCAAAAGUACGAAAUCAAAAUUCCCCAACUACCUUUUGUUGGCAUCCUACAGAGUCAUUGCUUGCUAUAGGGUGGGAAACUGGACAUUUAAGUUUGGUAGAUCCGACAAAAAGAACUGAAAGUAAUGAUUUGGAUGCGGGAUUAAAACGUUGUUGUUGUAUUUUAUGGGAUAUUGAAGGAUUAUUGCUGGUUGCUGCAGAUGAGAUUGGUGAUAUUCAAUGCUUCAAAUUCGAUAGUAAAGAGAGCCGUUUGGAACAUUUAUGCAGUGUCAAAUCAAAAGAAGAAAUUCCAAGGGUUGUCUGUUUUAAACAAAUACCAAGGCAAUUUAAAUAUAUGAAUUUUAUUAAAUUUCAAAAAUAA